AACCUAAGCAGCCAGCAGACAACAUUAGCAGACGAUCAGUCUCGCUUGGAUAUUUGUUGUUGUAGGUUAGGUAUGAGUUAGAUUGUUACACUUUAUCGUAGGCCUACACCGUCGUGCCGAGCCCAUGUUUGCCUUCAAUACCAAAUACCAAUCGUGUUAUCAGUAACUCCUGUUUAAAUAUUUACGACCACUCUUUAAAAUCGGGCAUUGAAUAAUUUAUUGCCAGGGAAAUCUGAAAUUGUGAACAUUGUCAGAACAGUUCAGAAUUUAGUGAACUUAAUACUAGUGAGAAACAUUACCAGUGGCAAUUUGAUUAAUUUAAUCUCAAUCACUCUGUUUUAGAAUGGCCCGGAGGUGCUAGCAGGAUGGAAUCGGACGUCUCAUCCGAUCUGAAGACUUGUCUAGAAACCUUGGAGAGCUACGACGAAAUAGAGGUAAUCUCAGAAAACAAGGAACUGCCGCGUGACGUUGACUCCAGUUCGGACUCACUGUGUUCGCCCUCUGUGACAGUCCUGAGGCCACCGGGAGUAGCGGGUGACAGCCCUCAGUCCGACAGUUCAGUACCACCAUCGAGCCCGAUCCAGAAGUACCUGGAGACCGACAUGCCCGGACCUGCCAAGGGGCCCCGCUACAAGCUACUGACCGAGGGUGACCUGCAGGUCUGCUGCCUCAACCACACACGCACUGUCAUCAGCAAGAUCCUCAGCUCUAAGUUCCUCCGCAGGUGGGAGUCCCAUAGACUCUACCUCAACGAUGCCUGCAUUUCUUCCAAGACGCCGAUGGGCUUCCUGGACAUGUCCAUACCUUAUACUGCUCUGCAGGAAGUAUAUGUUGUCAGCAGAUGGGAUACUAACCACAAGUUCUGCAUUCGCCUCGUUGUGCCUAAUGGAUCUAUACUACUACAGGCCAGUAACGCCUAUAUCCGAGACCAGUGGUACCACUCCAUCUUGUGGAAGAAAAACAUUUUCAAGUACCAGAAUUUGCUUACUUGUUCUACCAGACCAGAGGUCAUAUUAAAAGAAAUGAAGAACCUUGUGGAGAUGUCGAUAAACACACCACUGCAUGACGAGUGUGUCUACCAAGUCCCCAUUGAUAUCUUCUCUCGACUGCUAAUGGAGGAGGAGGAGAGCUGGUCAGGUCGACUGUUCAGUGAAGAACUCAUCAGCACUCUGGCACCUCUACUAGAGAACUGUCCACCCUCUGCGGAGAUGUGUCACUUCUUCUCCCGCCACUGUGUGUCCCACCCUCGCUCGCCCCUGGUCAGUGACGCGUUAACGCCCGUCGUGUACCGGAUACUCAAGCACAACGUGGAUUUUGGAAAACAUCCCUUAAUGAAGAAGUUAGUCCAAGACUACAUCCAGGCUCUUUACACACACAAUGACAAUGAAGAAGUUAUUAACAAAUUUGUUGCUAGCGUCCAUGGUCCCAGCUCCGGCUGCCCUCACCCUCGGGUGCUGCCCAACCUUGUGUCUGUCUGUUUAUCAGCCAUUUUCAACAUCUUCGAGAUCUCUGCCAUCUUGGAGGAGAGGAACCAUGAUCAGAUCCAGGAGGAUCGGGCCAGCCGCAUCGAUUGCUACCUUCAAGUCUUCCGCACAAUAUCAGAGUAUGAUGACUGGAGACCUGGGCUGGCUCAGCUGCUGCAACCUGUCCCAGUACCUGAUGAUGCCCUCACUAGUCCUCACUUCAUCAAGAGCCUGAGCCCUGUGAUAGAGAGGAUAGGCACCAGCACGGACUGUGACACUCAUCAGAUGGUAUUGGGGGUGAGAGACGGCAAGGAGGGCUGGCUGGAUAUAUUCUGCCCCUCCAGCCUUGCUUGCAUAGACGAUGGAGUGUUGUGGGGUCAGAUGCUGGAAACACUACUGGGCUGCUGCUGCAAGCGGAAGAGGUUUGUGGCAGCGUUGAUGGCCAAGCGGCUCGGUGCCUGCUUGCUGCUAGCAUUGAGAGAGAACCGAGCGGCUCAGUCGGCACUCUGUCUGGCGCUAGAGUGGGAUCUGCUACCGGAGCCAGACCAGAGACUGACAGUAGCUACUACGUUACAGUCCACGACCUCAGGCAGUCAGAGCUAUGCGGCCUUGUGUCAACGGCAGUUACAUCUCCAGGAGCUGCAUAAGAAGGGAGGACCUCGCAAGUUGACGCUGCCCAGUCGGUCUACUGACAGCGACGUGAUACGCUUGCUCAGCUGCGGGGCUCUUGGCAACCUGGAGUGUCUCAGCCUUGCUUUUACCCACGUCACCAGUGCCUGUGCAGAACACAUAAUCAAACUGCCUGGUCUACGCUAUCUCAACCUCUGGGCCACUCAGUUUGGCGAUGCAGGAUUGCUCAUUAUCUCUGAACACUUGCCCAAGCUGCAGGUGCUCAAUCUUUGCGAGACUCCGGUGUCGGAUAAGGGCAUUGCAGCUCUAACAGCUAUGACGAAUCUUCGCAAGCUAAAUCUAAACAGUACAAAACUGAGUGCUCAGACGUUUGAGGUGUUGAAGAGCAAACUCCCAGCCCUGCAAGAACUGGACGUUCGUUACACAGAAGCCUGGUGAAACUGAAUUUGUGCUCUAGGUUGUGUGGCCUACAGCACAGAUUAAAACUGAACAAUGUUUUUGUUAAACCAAAGUUCGACUGAUGCAAAUACAUAGUUUUCAGAAGUGUUAGCAGCGGGAAAGUAUCCUUUCUCGUUUUAAAUUAAGAAAUUAUAUAAUAAUACGCACAUUUAAGAUAAGAUAAAUGUAUUGAAGUCAGCCAUAAGUUUACAGGAUUACAACUGUAUAAGUUGCUCUGUUUGAUUGUGAUUGGUUAUUUUUAAGGAAACCAAUUCUCAUUGAAUUUGUCCACGUCCCAAACCACAUAUCAUCAGGACCAAUGAAAGUCAUAUUAUAAAGUUGUACAACAAAGUGGCUAAUAUUAUUCAGACUGUCUUUUUUCUGUGACACAAAGAGUAUUCUUGCAAUAUAUAACUGUUUUUGGAAUUUCCCAAACCAUUAAACUCCAUCAGAACAUGUUUACUCUCACAAAGAUUUGUAAUUUUAUACUAAUAAUUUUGGGAGAAAAUGAUUCAUUUUGAGUUCAUGGUGUGUAUUAAUUUUAAUGUAACAGCUUAACCUUAUCUUAUUGUAGAUUUAAAGUUUUUUGUGUAGCUUAUGAAAUAAAAAUACUCUUGUAACCAUUAUACUUGACAAAUUUGAUUCUGAAUGUAAUUAAAAAUAACUUUAAAUAGUCACCUGUUCAUACAAUUAUUCAGUUAUCAGCAGUAGCUUGAAGUGGGAGUGAGUGGGUACAACCCUCUCACCUUCUUCACUAUCAGAAAGUUAUAAAAAAGUGCUGAAAAUAUAAUAAAUAUGUACAACCAUGAACAAAUAAUUAAAUAACCUAAAAACAGCCUCAAAAUGUAUAGUUUUUUACCGAAAAACAAAUACUUUUUAUUGAAUCAUAAAAAUAGCGUGGGAGUGGGCUUCUGAAUUCCCCUUACCCAUAGCUAAUUCUUUAUCUCUUAAAAUAUUGUUGUCCUCAAUCACCACUCCCAGCUGUUGCCAAAGUUUUUAAUUUUGAACCAUUAUGUUGAUCCUUAUGUUUUAUAUUUGAAGUGUAAACUCAUCAUUACUUAAAUAAAAAAAAUUGUUCCACUGUGAAGGCUGUGAAGUUAAGUUUGAGUUAUAUUAUUUAUAGUUUUGGUAGCAUAAAUAACAAAUAAGUAGACAAUUUUAGUACUUUAAAUUAUAGCUUUGGCAUUUACACUUCCAUUUAGCACUACGAUAGAAAAGGAAGAGCUAGAGAAAUAUUCGCUGCAAUUAUAGUUUUCACAUAAUAA